UAUAGAUAUCGUUACGCAGACCCUUCGCAACCAUAUAAUGGCACAGACUUUGCACAACAAAUUAGAGUCGAGUUUAUAAGACUCAAGAGCUAUGAAGACGAUAAGUCGACUUCCAAUUUGAAAGUUAUUGGAAUUGAAUCGUUAGAAUCAUUGAGAGGAAAGAAUGUAUUGAUAGUGGAGGAUAUCAUAGAUACGGGCAAUACAAUGGUUAAACUCCGGGAACUAUUAAAAGAAUACGAUUUAAAAUCAAUUCGAGUGACGAGUCUUUUCGUGAAGCGGACGCCACUUAGCAAUGGAUACACUCCUGACUAUGUUGGAUUCAAUAUUCCCAAUAAGUUUAUCGUUGGCUGUAAUAUGGAUUAUAAUGAAUACUUUCGAGAACUUAAUCACGUCUGCGUUAUGUCCAAACUGGGAAAAGAGGAAUAUUCAAUGAAAAGCAGUGAAUGAAAACCUUUGGCUUUUAUAAUCAAUCAUUGGUAUCAAUCCGUAACGUGUUAUACGAUUAUUACUUCUUUAUUCAAGAAAAUUAAAUUUCUAUUUUAUUUUAA